CUCUCUCUCUCUCUCAAUGUCCACUGUUGUCGACCCAUGAAAUGAACCAUGCUUCAAUUCGAUUCUUCUUCACUUUGAAUCUCAACCGUUGAACCUCGAAGCUUCAAUGGCACUCAUGCUUCAUUUCCUUGUCAACCCCAUCUCUCUCUGAUUUUUCACCAUUUGCAUCCAAAGAAAGUGAUCGAUUGGUUUCAGAGAGAGAGAGAGAGAGCGAGCGAGAGAGAGACUACUUUCGAAGCAUUUAUUGGGUUUUUUAAUAGAAAGAAUUUGGAGUAAGGGGUUUCAAUAGAGAGAGAGAGCGAGAGAUCAGUGAUUGAAUCGAGUUUAGAGAGAGAGAUGAACGCAGUGGGGAGGCAGGGGCAGAGAUCUGGUGCGUCGGCGGUGCAUCACCAGCGUCAGUACUCAGACAACUUACUUGACUCCUCAUCAUCCAAUGGUCGGUGGCUUCAAUCCAAUGGUCUUCAACAUCUCCAUUCCUCAAACACCUCUCUUCCUCCUCUCCAGGACUACGGUUACUAUGGUGGAGGUCAGGGUUCGAGAAUGUACAGGAAUGCUCCGAGGAACUUCAAUGGAGGAAGUGAGUUUUUCACUGAGCCCUCUUCGCCUCCGGUUAAUUCGAGGCCUUCGGGUCAGAGAAAGAACGGUGAGGACCCUGACUCGCCAAGUGGGUUCAGUCCUGGACUGUUAGAUCUACUCUCUUUCGACACCGAGCUUCUUCCUGAGAUUCCACUUCCAGGCCAAUAUGAUGCCCCUUCUCUAUAUCGUUCUGUUCCAGGCAGAAACUUUGAUGACUCUGAGUCAUAUCUUGCAAAUAGCAAGCAAACUGGUAGAGUUCGUGGUGUGCCUGAUAACAACCUUAUGAAAAGUUAUGCUGCAGAUAAAGAGAAGGCCAGUAAUGUUGCAAAGAUUAAAGUUGUGGUGCGCAAAAGGCCACUAAAUAAAAAGGAGCUGGCAAAGAAUGAGGACGACAUCAUAACUAUAGAGUCACGUUCCAGUUCUCUGACAGUUCAUGAGACUAAACUUAAGGUUGACUUAACAGAAUAUGUGGAAAAGCAUGAAUUUGUUUUUGAUGCAGUGCUGAAUGAGGAGGUCUCAAAUGAUGAGGUAUAUCGUGAAACUGUGGAGCCCAUUGUUCCAAUAAUUUUUCAGCGGACCAAAGCAACUUGUUUUGCGUAUGGACAAACUGGAAGCGGAAAAACUUACACUAUGAAGCCAUUGCCCCUUAAGGCCUCUCGAGAUAUCUUGAGGCUGAUGCACCAUACUUACCGGAACCAGGGCUUUCAGUUGUUUUUCAGCUUCUUUGAGAUAUAUGGAGGAAAACUUUUUGAUCUCCUCAGUGAUAGGAAGAAACUUUGCAUGAGAGAGGAUGGUAAACAGCAAGUUUGCAUUGUUGGUUUGCAAGAGUACAAAGUAUCAGAUGUGGAGACAAUCCAGGAGCUCAUAGAGAAGGGAAAUGCUACAAGAAGUACAGGCAUAACUGGUGCAAAUGAGGAAUCAUCACGUUCACAUGCCAUUCUCCAGCUUGCUAUUAAAAGGUCAGCUGAUGGCAGUGAAUCUAAGCCUCCGAGAGUUGUUGGCAAGCUCUCCUUCAUAGAUCUUGCUGGAAGUGAACGAGGUGCAGAUACUACUGACAAUGACAAGCAGACAAGAAUGGAAGGUGCUGAGAUCAAUAAAAGCUUGCUUGCAUUGAAGGAAUGCAUAAGAGCGCUUGACAAUGAUCAGGGUCAUAUUCCUUUCAGAGGAAGUAAAUUAACAGAAGUCCUGAGAGAUUCAUUUGUUGGAGACUCCCGGACUGUUAUGAUCUCCUGCAUAUCUCCUACCUCAGGAUCAUGCGAACACACUCUUAACACGUUAAGAUAUGCUGACAGGGUGAAGAGCCUUUCGAAAGGGAACAAUUCCAAGAAGGAUACUUUAUCAUCUACCUUAAAUCUGAAAGAAUCAACAACGUUGCCCUUAUCAUCAGUUUUUCCUCCUGGGCCAACCUAUGAAGAUGGUAUAGCUGAUUCAUGGCCUGAACAUACUGAUAGGGAGGAAUUUGAUGUUUCAGAAGAGUUCCAAGAGCCAGAGAAGCCAUUAUGGAAGAAGACUGGGAAAGUGGAAGCAUAUGGUAUCUCAAAUUUAGAAGAUAAAGUGAGGAGAGCCAAUGGGCAGACAAAAUGGAAGGACCCACCAAAAUUCGACACAAAAAACUUGCAUACUGAUGAUGAUUUGAAUACUCUAUUGAAGGAAGAGGAAGAUCUUGUUAGUGCUCACCGGAGACAAGUGGAGGAGACGAUGGAUAUAGUUAGAGAGGAGAUGAACCUGUUGGUUGAGGCAGAUCAACCAGGAAAUCAGUUGGAUGAUUAUAUAUCUAGAUUGAAUGCAAUCCUAUCCCAGAAGGCUGCUGGCAUUCUACAACUACAAAACCGUUUGGCUCAUUUUCAGAGACGUCUAAAGGAGCAUAAUGUUCUAGUGUCUUCAGAUUGCUAGAUUUUAUACGAAAGUUACUUUUUAAGAAUAUCGUUUCAUGAUCAACCCAAAGAUUGGUUUGCUGAAUACAGAAUUGUGGUUUAACUGGUUGCUUGUUCUGCUGCCGAGUCAAGAUUUGGAAUGUGAGGAAUCAUUUCUUAGUCAUCUGCAAAUUCUUGGUGUGUAUACUGCCAAAAUUCAGGGGUUAUGCUUUACAAGCAGUGCUAUUUUUAAUUUUUUUUUUUUUAAACCCAAUUUCAGAAAACUAUGAACUCACAUGCCCAUUUGGCAUGAUUUUAUUGUAAAGAUUUGCAGCUUCAUGAUAAAGUGGAUGUUCUUGUUGGACUGUGAAGAGCAUUUGUUUGAGUGUUAUAUAAUGUUCAAUUUUAUUGGCUAA